ACAUUUAAAAAAAAAAAAACAAAAGGAUCUGGGGCAAACGGAGGAGCCAAGUACGCCGUUAAAUUUCGCAACCCUGCACCCGCUGUGACAGAACCGGCGAGCAUAAACCCUAAACCCUAUCAUGUCCGAAGACAAAGACAGGGAGCAGUACGGAGUGCUCCUUUAUUACAAUUACGCUGAAAUUCCAGACCUCAAUCACCUCCUCACCUUCUACAAUUCCAACUGCUCCUCCCUCAACCUACGAGGUCGUGUUCGCCUUUCAACCCAUGGUGUCAAUGUCACUGUUGGUGGCAAUUUGUCCUCUCUUGAGUCCCACAUCGAAGCGCUCAAAGCCUACAACUCCUUGUUUCACCGUACUGAUUUUAAGCUCGCCACUUGUCAUCACCCACUUAACGACAAAGUUGCCCGGGAGUGUGGCUUCACUUCUCUCUCUAUUCGGAUUGUGGACGAACUUGUUACUCUUAGUUCUCAUCCACUGUUAAAAGCGCCUGAUAUCUCCAAUGCUGGAAUGCAUCUAUCUGCACUUGACUUCCAUUCUUCCCUUCACAAUGCCUACAAGGAGAGUCCAGAAAAUGGCCUUGUUUUACUUGAUGCAAGGAAUCUGUAUGAAACAAGGAUUGGGAAGUUUCACGUGCCAAAUGUUGAGACUUUGGAUCCACAAGUUAGGCAGUACAGUGAUUUGUCCUCGUGGAUAGAUGAUAAUGGUGACCGGUUGAAAGGAAAAAAUAUUUUCAUGUAUUGUACUGGCGGAAUUCGGUGUGAGAUGGCAUCAGCAUAUAUUAAGUCCAAAGGUGCCGGUUUUGAGAAUGUGUUUCAGUUAUUUGGUGGCAUACAACGGUAUUUGGAGCAAUUCCCAGAUGGUGGUUUUUUCAAAGGAAAGAAUUUUGUUUUUGACCACCGGAUAUCAGUUGGAAGUUCAGAUGCUAAUAUUAUUGGUACCUGCCUCAUGUGUCAAUGUUCGUUUGAUGAUUACACUUCUCGCUGCCGGUGUACUUAUUGCAGAAUGCUUGUUUUGGUGUGCCGUAGUUGCGAGAGUGAAUCUACCGUGUAUGUUUGUGAGCUAUGUCAGAAACAGGGCAAGCCCGAGUCAGCACAGUUAAUUGAAAUUGGAGAAUCAAAAACAUCAUCGUCAGAUGCCGAGUUCAACAACUUUUCUUCAGAUUUGCCUCGAGUGCCCAGGGGAGACGAUCCAAGGACCUCAAGAAAACUGAGAAUCUUGUGCUUGCAUGGGUUUCGGCAGAAUGCAUCCAGUUUCAAAGGCAGAACAGCAUCAUUAGCCAAGAAACUAAAGAAAAUCACUGAAUUUGUCUUUGUUGAUGCUCCCCAUGAAUUGCCAUUCAUUUACCAAACCCCCAUGUUUGAGUCAAAUGAAAAUUGUGCAUCAUCAUCAUUGCCAUCUAGUCCUCCACCACCAUUGGAGAAUUGCAAGAAGAAGUUUGCAUGGUUUGUGGCACCCAACUUUGAUGGAAGCAGUGGUGUUGACUGGAAGGUAGCAGAUGGCCCAUUUGAUCCACUUCAAUACCAGCAGCAAACUGUUGGAUAUGAUAUUUCAUUAUCACACUUGAAGAAUGUCUUUUCCCAGGAAGGACCAUUUGAUGGAAUCUUGGGAUUUUCACAGGGAGCAGCAAUGGCUGCCUUAAUCUCUGCACUACAAGAAGAGCUGAAAGGUGAAAUGGACUUCAAAUUUGUAGUCUUGUGCUCUGGCUUUGCUCUCCGGAUGAAAGCCAUGGAGCGUGGUCCUAUCAAGUGUCCUUCUCUUCAUAUAUUUGGUAAUGAACAUGGUAAAGACAGACAGAUAGCUAACCAAACAAGCAAGGAACUUGCUUCUCUAUAUGAGGGUGAUUGUUCUGCGAUAGUUGAGCAUGAUAAUGGUCAUAUAAUUCCUACCCGGUCCCCUUACAUUGAUGAGAUCAAGAAUUUUCUUAAUCGCUUUCUGUAGGAGAUCAAACAAAAGUGAUCUCAAGUUUUUGAUACCAUUCAAAUCUACGUCGUUGUGAUAUCUUGUCUUUCUAUGUACGGCCACAAAAUUUGUACUAUUCUCUAUUAUUAUGCUAUUGCCUCAAUGGAACUAGCAAAAUUGGACA